AUUCUGGUUCUCCCGUUCAUCCCUUCUCCUUCCCACCUCCUCAUUCCCCUCUCUCCUAAGCUCUUCUUUUGGCUUUUCUGAAGACGAACAAAAAGGCAAUUUUCCUUAAGAGACGCAAUUUUCCUUUGUUGUUAAUUGUUUCUUUUUUGUGUGGAGAUCAUCGGAGAGCACCGAUGGAGAACGAUUACAGAGUGAAUAUUGCUUCUCUCGGGAUGGAUCACGAUGUGGAGGCGACAGCUGAAUCUCAGAGCGAGUCGACUCUAUCGAACUCGCUCGAGUCCGGCCUUACGGUUGAAAGCUCGCGCGGUGAUGCGGAUUCUAAGCUGGAUGAAAGUGGUGGCUGGACGAAUGAGAAACACAACUCGUAUCUUGAUUAUUUAGAGAGCUCGUUUGUUAGGCAGUUGUAUUCCUUGCUUGGAGGAGAGACGCAGAGACUCUCUAGAACUAGCGAUGUGCAAGCUAUCUCUCACAAACCGGCUGAUCAGUUCACGGUACUACAAAAUGGAUGCCUGCAGAAGGUUAACUUCGGGAAGAAACGAGCUCUUUUAGAGUCGUCAUCCGAGUUUCGUUUUCAGAAAAAAUCCUCGAGACGGGAUCCUGAAUAUCGGAAUGGAAAGUACACCAUGGGAACUGAUGUACAAGGAAAGGUAUUGUGCAAGGAGGAAAUCGAAAAUUCCGGUGAUAAGGCUUCUACUAGAACAUGCAUGAAAAAUUCUUUGGGGCAUGAGUAUCCAGCUCAAAGCACUGCAGAGGCGUCAGGACAGAAUUUCAGAGAAGAAGAAGAGAAAGGACGUAAUUCAGAGGUGUGCAGAAAACGCAGAAGAGAAGCGAGUUAUGAUGAUAGUUCAGUGAAUGAUCAGGUGGUGCCGUAAGGAUGGUGAAGCUCAGGAAAACGAUACAAAAAGGCGGCAAUAAGAAGUGUAGAUGAGUUACUAUGAAUAGAGAUACAAAUAGGAAGUGUGGGUGGAGAAUGUGGUGGGUUUCAUUUGUUGUAUAGAAUGAGACUGAGGCUAAAGAGAGCCUUAUAAAGGGGAAUCGAAUGGGAUGAAAUUAGGAUUUGUUUUUGUUUGUUAAAAGUUUUGUCUAUGUUAUCUAGGGGGAAAAAGUAUUUGAUUAGUAUCAAGCAUGAUCUGCGUUUCUUCCUUAGCUUUUCAAUCUUUAAUUCUUUUUUUUUUUUUUCAUUUACAAUAGUAUUCUUUGUCAUCAUUUUCUAUGAUAGUAGUUUGCUAUGAAUUUUAUAAAUUCUUUUAAUUGUAGUUACUUUUUUUUGUUUAUUUUGGACCUUUUGGUCACACUAGAAACAUGUGUACACAACGAAUGUCUUGUAAAAGAUAACGAUAUUUCCUACGGUGAAUGAUAUAC